AUGAAUAACAUAACUAUAGGUUGGUUGAUAGUGGCCAUGGCGCUGGUGAUAUCGACGCUAUCGUUGGUGCUAUCUGUGCUAGGGCUUCUUCAUGUUGAAACUGACGAUGGUGCAUUGAUUCUGCUAAUCGUUUCUGGGUUUACAAUGGUGCUAGGCUUGGUCAUCUCAGCAGUAGUCUUGUUGACAACGAACUUCACAGUUGCAAUUGUCUGUGCUCCUCUCAUAUUGUACCUUUUCGAAUUGGUAUCGGGGAUCGUGUGGGUAAUAGGCAUCGUCCACAGGGCCCCGGCUGCUCGUUCGGGUGAACACACCUCCGCAAUGAUAGGUAUCUUCAUUAUAAACGAGGUGGCCGCCAGCAUGUGCCUUCCAAUUGCAUUACACUACUUUAGUUCCACUCACGGAGAGAGUCUGCCAGCGGACGAAGAACACACAAUAGGGCAAGCAGCAUCGACUCUAAAUGACUCGACUUCUGAGCGAAAGAAUAGUCCAGUGGACGACCAUGUAGAAAGCACAAGUGAAGGGAAUACCAUCAAAUCAAAUCACAGCGUUCCUGUUUCCAAAAAGGUAUCGGAAAGAACAUUAGUGGACCAGGCACCGCUAGUUCUCCUUCACAACCAAAUUCAACUUCAUCAGCAUAACAAUUCUCAGGAUUCCAAGUACACGGAUACCUUGAAGUUCAAGCAUAUUAGUGAAGAAUCCAAUCAAUUAUCCGUCUACUCGGACUUCAUUAAUGAAUCUAUUAAUAAAAAGCCAGGUGAGUAUGCCCAUUUCACAUCUGACAACUGGAUGGACUCUGGAACCAAAUUGUACUCAUUGGCAUUCCCUGCGGAAAUUCAACUGCAAAUUGUCAGCAAGAAGCCAUCCAUGCAAAGAAAGACUUCGUUUGGAAAGUUCAUGCUCACCCUGCAGCUGGUAAGCCUGUUACGCCGUGGUUCGUACACUUUGACUAACUCCAAAAGUGUUCCUACCUUUUUCAAGCAAAACAGAAAACUCGAAUCUGCAAUUCCUGACAAUUCAAAUCCCAAAUCCACCAAAUUUGUGGAAAUAGAGUCUUCAUUCAGGGCCCCACCUUCUUCAAGCACAGUAUUGGCUCAGGAAGCCGAUGCGGGAAAUCAUUUGGGUGUCGAGGGAGAAGUACUUCAAGAAAAUAAUAGACCAAUUUCAUUGAUAAAGUCGACCUCAGAAAAUUCUAUCGCUGAUAUCAUUAAUGGUAGAACUACUUUGGCUCAAGAACGUCAACGUUCUCAACAGGAGCAAGCCAUCAUUCAGGAUGACCCCGUGAAGACCGAACUAGACAAAAGUGUAAAACGCUCAAAGUCAGCCAGUUAUGUUGGAGGUCAUCGAAACAAAAUGAGAAGAAGGGAAGAACGGUGGAAGUCUAUAAAUGAUGAAAAGAUAUUCUUACUGCAGGUGAACGAGUCUUUGCUUCCAUCGGUCUUAAAGACUGGGGAGAGUCACAUUAUGGAAUUGAAAAGACAACAGGAGCAUAAUUCGCUUACAAACUCGAUUCCAUCCCCACUGAAACGACUGGUACUGGAGGCAUUCGUAGACUUCCCUCCAAGUGAACUCUGUAACGACUUCGGAGAGAUUGAUGACAACAAUGUGAGUAUCUACGAUGAUGAAGAUGAAGAAAACUUACCAAACAUUUCAGAAUUUGGUGAGAGACAACAAGAUGCAGAUGACUUAUCUGAUUUCAAGGGAUUCACUCAGGAUACAUUAGUACUCUCGCCAGAGGACCUAGAUUAUGAAGAUGAAGAUGUUGACGAUUUACAGAUUCCAAAAUCUGCUACUUAUCAGACGCCAGUGUGGAAAGGAGCAGAGGUGGAGAAGAAGCAGAAGAAAUCAUAUAUUUCUUUGCAAAAUUGGAAUAGCAAUUCCAAUUCCUGGAACGAAGAGAGACAGAGAAAUGGUUCUUCUUCAAAUAAUGGAGUGAUCAUAACCGUAAGUGAUGGAGAGGAUAACGUUAUUGAAGGGAAGACUGGAGCUGGUGUUGCUACUAGACGGCCACCAUUCAACAUGCUGAAUCGUUCUUUUAGCGCUCCAUCGUUGCACACAUUCAGGGAUUUCUCUUCCAAUUCCAAUAGUACCACAUCAAAUGCAGAUAAAGACCAGCAAAUCGCUACCGCUUCGACAGAUAUGACACUGCAUACAUUCGUCAAUAAGAACAACAAUUUAUAUCUUGAUUGCAAAACUCCGCCUGUGAAGACAGAGAAUUCUUCAUCUUCAUCUCCAAUUAAGAAAUUCUUCCAAGAAUCUCCUAGAAGAUUUAGUACCGUAUUCAAAAGACAAUCGAGACAGAGUCUUGAAAUAGAUCCUCGGGUAUUUGGACAUCAGCAUAACGGAUCGGUGGCUUCUAAUGCAUUUUCAUUGGGUUCCACCAAAUCCAAUUCUCCAAAGAAAUCACUUAAAUCAUUACUCACAAAGAAAAAUGUCAUCAAUACGCAUCGCAAAAACGCCUCUGUGCCCUCCAUGUCAUUUCCUUUGAAAGACAAGAAGUUGGAUAUUCAAUCUUCUAGCUGGUACACAACUGCCAACAACUAUUCCUAUGAAUACAAGAUGAGGGAUCCUAGAGAGGUAGCCGAUGCCCUUGAUCGCUGGGAGAUGGACAUUCACCCUACUCCUACUUCUGGUCAAUCGAGAGUCAGCUCAGUUCCAAGUGCAGUUAUCGGCGAAUAUGAUAGGGAAAAAUGGAGAACACUAAAGGCACUUGAAAAUCAAGAAAGCAUCAUGUUGAAUUUGAAUGAGUUCUAG